AUGAACGCUCCUGCCGCGUUUGAAUCGUUCCUUUUGACAGAAGGCGAGAAGAAAGUGUUUGUUGAGAAGGAUACCCACGUCCCACAUGCUGCCAUCUUCACCCUAAACCGUGAAGACCAUACGUUGGGCAACAUGAUCACUAGACAGUUGCUGAAGGAUCCUCGAGUACUUUUUGCCGGUUACAAAGUUCCUCACCCUCUGGAGCAUAGAAUAGUCAUCCGGGUUCAAACAACCCCCACGGUUACCCCACUUGAGGUAUUCUCCUCAGCCAUCAAGGAUCUUAUCAGUGAAAUCUCGAACAUCGAAGAACAGUUCCGUUCCACAGUUAAUUAG